AAAGGAAAAACUGAGCUCCGAUGCCCCAAUCGACUCGACCCCUGGACUCGGGUGUUGUGCUCUGACACCUCGACUCCCCUAAACCCCCAUCGUGCGCCCGCCGUCGCCGCAGCCAUCCUUCUCCCCACCACCUGCAUCCGAAUCCCGCACACCUCCCCGGCCAUGGCCACCUCCAGCGACGGCGGCGGCGAGCAGCGGCGCCUCCUCUCCAUCCCCAAGGAGGGCGAGCGCAUCAUCGCGCCGACGCGCCGCCCCGACGGCACGCUCCGCAAGGCCAUCCGCAUCCGCGCCGGCUACGUGCCCCAGGAGGAGGUGGCCAUAUACCAGUCCAAGGGCGCCCUCAUGAGGAAGUCGGGCCCCGACGUGCCGCCGGGGUACGACCCGGCGCUCGCGCUAGAUGCCAAGCCUAAGACGAAGGCGGCCAAGCGGAACGAGCGGCGCAAGGAGAAACGGCAGCAGGCUAGUUCGACAAAUGAUAAAGGAAAGGUCUUGGAUAUUGAGGAAGCUGAUGCUGGAGAAACUGACAAGGUUAUUUCUUCCAAAACUGAUAAGCAAAGGGAUUCAGUGGACAUUGUAACAAAGCAGAUAAGUGGCAUUGCUAUUUCUGAAUUACCUGUUAUAGCAACGCCCUCCACAACUGAUAACUCACAACCGGAGUCAUCUGCUCCAGACAUAGACAAGAAAAUUCGAGCACUGAAGAAGAAGAUACGCUUAGCUGAAGCACAAUUGCAAGGUGAUCCCAAAAAAUUGAAACCUGAGACGCUGGAAAAGAUGAAAAAGAUUGAAGGGUGGCGUGAGGAGCUAAAACUUUUGGAGGACAAGACGGCUCCUGCGGCUUCCUAGACAACGUCGAGUUCGGCUCUGAUGUAAAGCCACCGCUACCAAAACAAUCACCAUGGUGUUGUGCUGAUCCAAGGUCCAAUCAAUCACCAUAGGCUUUUCCAUUACCUGUGUGGGUUGCUGGAAAAGCAGUCCAGUAGAUGUGGGUUCGCGCAGAACGAUGGAAGAUUUUUUUCACCACACAUUUGUCGUCUCAUGUUCGCCAGCAAGUUUCAAGAUUUGUAUCGCAAGAUCCAUCUGUCACAGACCAACAAUGAGACAACAUAUUCGAUUAUUGUGACAGUGGCUGUACCUUCGGUGUAUCCUGCCAAUUCUGGGGAUUUCUUGACACUGGAUCAGAAUGUACUUUCUCCCCUACACCUUCGAAUUAAUCGCUCUGCAUUGACACCAUUAUUCACAAUUUGUGUAAUUCAUCAACUUUUCAGGC